UCUUGAUGUGUUCAAUCAAGUGAACUAUAUUGAUAAGAAAAAGGAUCUGAAAAAAAUACAGGCUCGCGAAAAACGUUUAAAACUCGCGGAAAAAAAGAAGGCCGACUUUAUCGCCCGCGAAAAACGUCGCGAACUAGCUAAGGAAAAACAAAGACAAUUUAGAGCUCGCGAAUCAGAAAAAAAUCGAUCCAAGGACCACACAUCGAAGGAUAUCAUCCCUGAGACCAUGAUGGAAUUGGAUUCAUCGAUCGAGAUCAUUCCCAGCACUCCAUCAGUCAUCAAUUUAAUCCUGGAACGCGAGGGUGAAGAUGCUCAGCAUGGAUCAUUGAAUUUCGCGGCCUCAACCCCUACAAAACCGCGAAAAACUAUCCAGGAAAUCGAGGCCGUUCUAGUCGCGUUGGGCGCGAAUCUAGAACAAAGGAAUCGCGAGGAUGAUCACGAAGUGCGAUGCACUCCAACGCAGCGUCAAAAAGAGCUUGAUCAAAUUGCGAUGCAAUUGGAUCAAAGCGGGGAUGAUGAUGAUGAAGGAUUGGCCAUCCAGAGUCUUGAUUUCACCCCGUUAUCACCCAGUAAUCGUUCGGGAGCGUGCCAGGAGCACUUUGGUUUGGCGUUUUAG